AUGGAGGUCCUUGGACGAUUGAUAGGGCAUGGUAUACUCCAGUCUUUCAUUAAAUUUCCUUGCUUUGCCCCUCCAGUGUACUGGUAUUUUGCGACAGGUGAUGUCCAUAAAGCUCUGUGCUAUGUUACAGUUGAUGAUGUUAGGGAUGAAGAGGCAAGAGAGCUCAUAGAGAAGGUACUACUCCAAAAACCUGCGUGUAAGAUCCUUAAUUAAUUGUAGGCAAUGUGGGCUGAAUAGGUUCUUGGUUAAAUUUUAAAUUUUUAUGACGGAACUGAAUACUGCUUCCAUUACCCACAGAAAAAUAAAUUAACUUGGGUUCCAUUUAUAAGUAUACAGUUAAGUCAAACUCCUUGUUACAGUAUUCAUCAUAAUUUUACUGUAACUCACAUAUGAGAACUUGCUUGAUCUUGCUUGGCUAAACAGGUUCUUAUAUUUUGGGGCAUCAAAAUUGGAAAUUUCUUCCAGCAGGUUCUUAAACCGCUAGGUUCUUACAGACAGGUCUUUAGUUUUUAAAGUAAUGACAAUAGUAGGAAAUACAGGGAAACAUGUUAAUCUACAGUAUAAAUUCUUUAUAUCCUAUAGUUCUCUGGUGCAACCUCACCUGAACUCCAAGAGUUAAGGCAAGACUCAAAUUUCAUUUCCUUGUGUAAUGAAUGUGGCAUCUCAACAUUGCUGUCAGUAAGUGAAACUAGCAAAUAGAAAAUAGUACCUCCUAUUUUUUUCCUUAUUGUAUUAUUUGUAUAUGUUAUCUCUUUUCACAUCCACACUUGGAAAUGUUGACAAAAGUCAGUGUUUCCGAAUAAAUUUAGAGUUAAUUACCUGUCAAACUCAACAUGCCCUUCCCCCUUCUCUAUUCCUGUGUGACUGUAGUGGUUAAAGCAAAGACUAUCGGUAUGUUAUGACCUAUUUAUUGUUAUACAAUUUAUUGUUGUAGAAUAUAUGCCACCCUUGUUGUCCUUAUUUGUUAAUGAUUUAGAAUCUGGUUUUAAAAGUUUGGAGAGUAGCCCACCCACAAAUGGAAUCUGCGAUGAUAGAUAGUAAAGCCAUUCCAUUUGUAUUGUUAUGGUUUGCUAGGAUGACAACAGAAACCUGAUACUGCAGUCACUUCUCUUACACUAUGUACUCAACCGGAAAAAAGUGUUGCUGGACCAAUUGCAUUCUGGGCUAAAGAGUUCCAAAGUCCUACAUGCUAUUGAGAAGAAUCCAACACUGUUUGAGACUCUUUUUGUGUACAGUGCUACGAGAUUAGAUGCUACAGCUAUUAAGGAUCUCUUGAAGCCAAAGAGUCCACUUUCCUCUGAUGAACAUCGCCAAAUAUGGGGUUAUCUUUUCCAGUUUAUAGAUGAAUGCAAUGAGACAGGUAAGAAAGAUGUGAUUUUUUUCUGGGAUUUCUUGUCUUUUUUCUCUGUUUUUAAAAAAGGUAAAAGUUAAGUCUGCAUAUGAACAUAGUGGCCCCUCAGGCUGGAGCUUAUCCCUGUUUCUGUAGCAUGAAGCGACUAGCUGGGAGUAUUUUUACUCCCCCAAGGGCUCAAACCUGGACCGCUUGAUCUGGAGAUGAAUGCACUAACCAUUAGGCCACUGCACUCCCACACUUUCUUUCUGCAUGGGUGUAUUCUCCCAUCAGAUAGGUUUUAAAGAAAUGAGUGCAAUAUUGGUCCUAUUUAGUAUCCCUAGGUUGUUUUCGUUGGCUAAGUAAAUACGCUAAAGAAAAGUUUUUAUCUUAUCUCAUCUGGUCUCAUCUUAUAUAGUUCUGAUAUAAAGUUGGUGUCAAAGACUAUAUCUCUGUUUUAACCAAUAAAACCUAAUGACCAAAAUGCUGUAAUUUUCAUUUCAAAGACUUAAGAUUGCUACUGUUUGUUAAAAUGGAGGAAAACAGAAGUCCAAUUUCCUUUGCAGAUCUGAAGUCAUUCAUGCGAUUUCUUAUUGGCUGUGAGUCCAUUCCUGCAGCAGGAAUAGAGGGAGGAAAAAUCACGGUUUCAUUCAACAAGGAUGGAACAGUAUUUUCAUCUGCUUGUUUGCAUCAGCUUGAACUACCUGGACGAGCUGAUUCAUACUCAGAGUUCCAAACAACGCUGAAAGCCGUUAUUGAUGACUCAUUUUGUUGGAAGUCUUUUAAUUCCAUUUAA